CAAUUUCAUUCUAUAUAUAGUAAGAGUAGAAACACAUUGCAUUUGCUUGUGCGCUAGUGUUAACUUCUAAUCUCUUCAAAACUUCAAUUUUCAACCCAAAAGAAUCAAUUCUUUCUAAUAAUGGAAGCAGGAGAUCUUAGCAAGGAGUUCAAUGAGGUGCUGUUUGAGUUCAACAAAGGCAUAGGAAGAGCAAUCUUAAACAGACCUAGGCAAUUGAAUUCUCUUACUUAUGAAAUGAUUUCUCAGAUGUUGAAACAACUUGGAGUUUUUGAAGAUGAUCCAACUCUCAAGCUUGUGAUUUUAAAGGGAAAUGGAAGAGCAUUUUGUGCAGGGGGUGAUGUUAAAGGUGUACUAAAUUUUGUGACAAAUGGCCAUUGGAGCUUUGGUGCUAGCUUCUUCCGGCGGCAACUUACUUUAGACUACAAAAUUGCUACCUACAAAAAACCAGUGGUAUCCAUCUUAGAUGGAAUCGUGAUGGGAGGAGGAGCAGGUCUAUCUAUGCUUUCCACCUUUCGAAUUGUCACAGAAAAAACUAUAUUUGCGAUGCCAGAAGCAGCAAUUGGACUUUUUCCAGAUUGCGGUGCAUCUUAUUUCUUGUCCAGGAUUCCAGGCUCUUUCGGAGAAUACUUAGGUUUGACAGGUACUAGAUUAACCGGGAUGGAAAUGCUUGCAUGUGGUCUCGCAACUCAUUUUGUAUUUUCCAAGGAUCUUGCAUCACUGGAAGAUUCUUUAGAUUUGCUGGCGGCAUCUGAAUCCAUGGUUACUGAUAAAACAUCAAUUUCAAGAACUAUCAGCAAAUUUGUUCAGCAAGUUCAUCUCCCAAAAGAUAGUGUACUCUGCCAGGGAUUGGGUGCUAUUAACGAAUGCUUUUCCAAGGAUACAGUUGAAGAAAUUUUAGCAUCAUUGGAAAAGUUAGGUAUGAAUCAGGAGCAAAAAUGGAUUCUGAAAGCAGUUGGAUCCAUGAAAUCUGCCUCUCCAACAAGCCUUAAAAUCUUCCUAAGACUGGGUGCAAGAGCAACGCUAAUUGAGAGAGGAACAAAACCACAGUGGAAGCCUUCAAAACUAGAGCUCGUAAGCAAAGAAAUGGUGUAUGCGUAUUUCACUGAAAUAGAAAACGAUGAAGAUUGGGUGUCGUUGAAACUUCCUCCAAAAUACGUUAUGGUGCCAAUUUCUCCUUUUGAAGAGCAGUAUUCCAGACUCUAAAUCUUAAUUUCCUGCUUCGUUAGCACUUAAUAAUCCGAGGAAACUCGAAUUUGAGUUUCGAUUUGGAAGUGGGAAGUUAAAAAUGUUUGUGUUGCUUUAUGUCUACAUAUAUAUCGACUUUUAAGAGAUCGUACGUCAUUUUCAAAAAAAAAGAAAAAAGAAAAAGAGAUCUCGUACGUAAGGAUCGCCGAUGUACGCGAUGGUGGAUUACUUCUUUCUUCGAUCCUCUUUGUUUUGGAUUGCUCAACUGAAUUCUCUUCAUUUUCUUUCUUUCGUAGUUUCACAGUACUUUUGUUUAUCCAUGGUUUGGGUUUUGUUAGA